UUAUAAUAUUCUAAGAAUGUAAGUGUAUGCUGUAAAACGAAAAUUUACUGUGACGAACUUAUUAUUUCCUGCUUUAUUUAUCUCAUCUCCGUGGAAUAAAACGACAGUCUUUGAGCCAUUAAACUAUUGACACGGUCACCGGGAGUGAGCACAAUUCGAUAAUGACGGGACUAAGGCAUCAAGAACUAAUAUAGUGGUGCCGGGAAAAAAAAUCACCGAUACGAUCUUGAUAAGGAGUUAAAAAACGUCAGUGGAUAACCUAAAAAGUGGCGUCGUUCAAUGACGUACCCUUUAAUGGCGCCAUUGUGGCAGAUACGUGUCAAUGUGCUGAUGAGGACGUGGAUAAAACUUACAAGGUGAUGCUACUUGGGGACAGCGGAGUUGGUAAAACAUGCCUCCUAGUUCGCUUCAAAGAUGGUGCUUUUCUCUCAGGAAGCUUUAUAUCAACAGUUGGUAUUGACUUUCGGAACAAAGUUGUAGAAGUAGACGGUACCAAAGUUAAAUUACAGAUAUGGGAUACGGCGGGACAGGAACGUUUCCGGAGUGUUACACACGCUUAUUAUAGAGAUGCAAAUGCUUUAUUACUGCUGUAUGAUGUCACAAACAAAUCCAGCUUUGACAAUAUCAGGGCUUGGCUCACAGAAAUUAAUGAAUAUGCUCAAGAAGACGUUGUCAUCAUGUUGCUAGGCAACAAGUCAGAUAUGGCCAGUGAGAGGAUCAUAAAAACGGAGGACGGUGAAAAGUUAGCAAAGGAUCAUGGUGUAGCUUUUAUGGAAACUAGUGCAAAAACGGGCAUGAAUGUGGACCUAGCCUUUAUGGCAAUUGCUAGAGAUUUGAAAAUGAAGAAAACUCGUCACCCAUCCGAUCCCAAAUUUAACGUAGCCGAAUAUGUGGAUAAGGAGAAGAAAACUGCGGGUUGUUGUAGCUAGCAGAUUGUAUAAUAUUCAUGUGAUACUCGUUGAUAAUAUUGUUACUCUUGGAGGAACUAAACUCUCAUCAGUUAUAUAAAUAAACUACCCGAUACCCUAGGAUUAUAAAAAUUAUAUAAAUGAUGGUCACUUCUGUGGUGAACGUUAAAAAUAGACUCGACACAGAGAAUAAUUCUGAUUUUAAACAAUGACGGUCACUUGUUUGGUGUAUAUAUAGGACAUAUUAGAGACAACAAUCUUUAUCUAUAUACUAACUAGUGGGAUUACAUGUACUUGUUAAUAUCAAUAUUUUAUAUAAGAAAAAAGUAUACACGGACGGACACCGACAAUUUAUAUCUUCAGCAGAAUACUUUAUAAACACAAAUAGGAUUGCAAGUUUCCAUUAAUAUUCCUACAUGUGUACAUGUAUAAGAAAAAAGAUAUGCCGGUAUAUAGAUUGUUUAAAGAUUUAAAAUGGUGUUAUUUAUAGAAAAGAAAUGUGCAUCCUUAAACUUUAGUUAAGAAAUGUUUAUAGUAACCUUUACACACCUAAAUUUGGUUUAUACAAAAUUUAUUUUAGUUCGAUUGUGCAGGAAGCUAUAAGCUUAUAAACACACUUUCGAAUCUGUUCCUGGAACCAACCAGUACUGAGCAAUGAGUGUAAAGUUUCUUGCUCAAGGAAACAACGACUUGCCCCUGUCAGGGUUUGAACCCAUGAGGCUAGCGAUCAUUAGAUUACUAGUCCGAAGCGUUAUCCACUCGGCCAUGCCGCCACCUAAAUUUGUAUAAUCGACUUGCCAAGCUUUCAAUUUGGAACUGUCCAUUAUUGUUUCAUAGGGUUUCAAUAUCAAAAAAGUAAAAAUGGAGCAGUCGGCAGUACAGAAUAUUGUCAGACUGUAUGGUUGUGCUGGUUUGUCGGACUACAUUUGUAGCAUAGGCAACUCAUUAUCGGUACUAUAAUGUAGAAAGUUAUGUCGGUAAUUUUAACAGUUAAUUGAUAAAUUUAGCACAUAAUGUGCUUCCCUAGAAAUCCAUUGUUUACAUAGUUCCCGUGUAUAAAUAUACAUGUAUAUAUACAUAAAUAUAUACAAAGGUGGCAAAUUAAGUGUACAUGAAUGAUAUGUAUAUGAUAUAUAUAUAAUAAUUAUGUGAAAUGAUAUAAUUAGUAAAUCUUGGUAUUUUGUAUGAGGUAUACAAUUUUAACAGAGGUCUCGCAUUGUUAGUUGGUAAUUAAUGUUAUUAUAAAAGGCAAAAGGUUUUUCUGUUACAUAUGUAUGUAUUUGCUAUCUGUCUGUCUGUCUGUCUGUCUGUCUGUUUACAAAUGAAAUGAAAACACAGAUUCUGUAAAUUUAUUCAAUGGGCAUUACCAUGGCACAAUAAUAUACAAUAUUUGGCAUGGUUGUAGUAGAUGCUUGUUUAGUUCAAGUGCUAAGUCCUGUUUGUUGAACAAAUUAAAUAUUUUGUAUAUAAAAGUUACAAAAAAGGAAAACUUUAGAAAGGCAUUGAACAAAUUUCAUACAAGACCAACCAAACAUUGUUUUGGAUACUUCAUUAAAACUGGACCUAGGUAUUUAGGAGGUACCAAGAAAAUAUUAUAUGACGGUAAUAUUAACAUACUACAUUCCUGUAUUUUGAUUGAUAUAUAUGCGAAAUUGGUGAAUUUGGUCAAUAUACAUGUAUGUGUAGAUGUGACAGUUACCUAAGUUGAGAUUGUACUCGUGUGUUAUAUAGUUAGUGAUAGAAAAAAAAAGUUGUGUAUAUCAUAAUUAUUUAUUUUAGAAUGUUAUAAUAUUGUUUAUUUCAAUAUAGAGAAGUGCUAUGAUUUGUCUUAAUAGUUUGGUUCCCAGUUGGUAAUGGUCUGAUUCCCGGUCUGUAAUGUGUCAAUGUUUAGUUACUGUGAAUUCACUUAAUUUCAUGGACAUGAAAUUUUCGUGGUUUUGUCACAAAGAACUUUUUCGUGGGUUAUUAAAUAUGUAGACUUGUUAAUUUUUCCAAAAGGUAAAAUGUAAAUAAUGUGAUGCAAAAUAAUCUUACAGCAGACGUAAUUAAAUUUCAUUGGAUCUUAUAUUCAUGGAUUGACAUAUCCACAAACACUACAAAAAUUAGUGCCCAACGAAUAAAAAUGAUUUUGCAGUAUAUACAUGUAGACAUUAUUGUCACUCUAACAAAUGAUUAUCAUUAUUACCUCCCCUUUUGUUAGUGUUAAUUUAAUUUGAGAUAACCCUUUUAAUUUAAAUGAGGCUGAUACCACUUUAAAAUAAAGAGGAAGUUAAUCUUUUGAAAUUUAAUGAGUGAA